CUUUCCUGCCAAUACAAAAAAGAUACAAUAUUUGUUCAUGCCACAAAUUGCAACAUUGUAUCUUAUCUUGAGCACAACUGGAUAUCCUAUCGAUUUGGAAUUUCCCCAAGUUAUUUCUUGUGCUACGCCCUGUACAUGAGGAAAUAUUUAAUCAGCGAUACACAUGGUGUAUAUAAGUCGGAGAGAACAGCUCCUUGGAUGUUCUGCUCUUCCAGUGAGAAUGAGAAAGAUUGUGCUGCAGCUACUGUUCCUGUGCUGUCUGUCCGUCGGACAGGCACAGCAUGAAGAACCUCAGGGGACCAAGAUUGAGACGGAACAGCAAGCAUACAUACUACAUCAGGACUGCUUUCAACAAAGUAUCUACAGAGAGCUGGGGAGCCUGAAGAACAGGGUGGACCAGCUGGAGAAGGAGCGAGAUGCCUUGCCAAAGAUUGCCUUCUCUGCUGCCUUAGUGGAAUCUGGUAGUUGGAUUAUAGGACCAUUCAACACUGACACCAACCUGGUGUACAAAAAGGUCUUCACCAACAUCGGCAACUGUUAUAACCCUAGUACAGGUAUCUUCACAGUCAUGGUGAAGGGUGUCUACUACUUCAGAUUCUCGGCUUACAAUGACGGGACACCCAACACCAACGCGGCCAUGUUUAAGAACAGCGAAAGGAUUGUGUCCAUCUGGGACACAGUCGGAGAGGACAACGAGGACAGCGCCAGCAACGGGGCUGUCCUGGAACUGCAAGUAGGGGACAGUGUCUACAUCAGUCUCCAUGCCCAAAGAGUUGUCUACGAUGACAUCAACCACUACAACACCUUCAGCGGAUUCCUGCUCUUCGCCAUGUGAAGACACCUGCCGUGCAGACUAAAUCGUAUCGGAUAACUCCGAUAUUCAAGAACACAGGGUGUCUCCAGCAGCUGUGAGAUGUAUUACUUUUAAAGGGGUUAUAUAAUGUAUACAGGAAAAUAUUAAAGGGAUGCUGAGGAGUAUUUCAUAACAAAGUUAAAUAUUAACAUUAACCACUGUAUUCCCUUAUUACUAUUAAGAUUUUUGUGCAGUUUGUUUGCUUUAUUGCCUUCUGGAGCGUAACUUUUAAUGAUUAAGAAAUAUAAAAAUGUCCAACGCAUGGAGAGGUGUCAUUCAAGUUGUUCAGUGAUGUCACACGAGGACAGACCGCAGAGUCUGCAGUGAACAACUUCAAUGACACCUCGUCAGAAAUGCAUCAGACAUUUUUAUAUUUCUUAAUCAUGA